AUGAGAACUCGCUUUCUUACCGACUUUUUCAACUCCUCCGCCACUUCUCAAUCCUUACAAACCCUAGAUUUCCUCCGAUUUCCACCUCCUCAGCUCCCUUCACCCGAACUUUUCAACUUUGACAAUCUCUCCUAUUUCGAUCAAGUCACCUCUGUUAACAUCUCUCCUGAAAUCGAGAGAUUUUCCGUCAAUGAAUCUCUUAGUAAAUUCUUCUCCGACGUCCUUCCUCAAUACAUCAAUUCCGAUAUCGAUCAGCAAACUGCAAGGGCUGUAACAUCAGAGGAGAAAAUUGAUGGCUGUUUAGAUGGUGCUUCUAACACCAUCUCUACAUUAAUUGAAUUUGAAACUCCAGAACUUCAAUUAUCUUUGAAAGAUUCUUGUGUUUUGCAUGAUGAGAAGAUGCAGCUUUUCUUUGAAAUUGCAGAUGAAGAAGUUAAUCUGGAUCUGCUUGAUUUUUCACAUGAGGUGCAAAAACUUCUGGAUAUACAGAAAUCAAUUUUCCAUAUAGAAGAUUAUCAUCUAGAGUUCCAGGAAGAUCAUAAGUCUGAUAUCUUUGACAAUGGCAGUUUGAUUGAGGGCCAAAUAUAUUCCACUCUUAGAACAUUUCCUCUAUUGGAAAUAGACGAGACAAGUCUGGGAAUUAACAGCAAUAUAUCUGAAGACAAACAUAUCAUAUUUGAAAGCAAUGAACCCCAACAAUGGAUCCAAAAAGAUGAAUUGGCGUUUGAUGACAAUGAUCAUUUUCUUUCUACAGAAUUCAAUUUAUUGGAACAUCUUUUAAACCACCCUCCAGUUCCAUGUCAUCAAUUUGAGGUAUCAUGUGUGAAGUUUGAUCCAGAGUACAUCAUAAAUGCCAUUGACCAUGGAUAUUCCUCUUUAACAUUGACCCCACUUGUAUUUGAGCCACUCAAAUUCUUUGAUACAAAUACUUCCCAUUUUUCUCAAGUGUUUUCUAACACUGAAGUUAUAAAUGAAAUAGAACAUUGUGAACAGAUGUUUGGGGACACAACCUUGAUCACUUUCAAUGGCUUAAUUGUCGAACAUGAACUUACUCUGAGAGACGAUUCAUUCAAAUCCCUACCUGUUCCUAUUUUUUCUGAUCAUGAAAAGAUUCUUUCAGUACAAGAAAUCGUUGAGGAAAUAUUUCUGAAGUUGAAGCUGCAACCUUCCUCUAGUUCAGAUGAUAUAUAUUUGGAUUGGCAUUUAUUAGAGGAAGAUAUUUCCAAUUCCAGUCAUAAUAUAUCCACUUCCUUGAAAAUGUUUGAGGAUAUAGACACUUACAGUGUGGAUGCAAACAUGAAAUCAUGUAACAUUCAGAUCCCGAUUUUGGAGUUUGUUUUAUUUGAUGAAUGUUCAAAUGAGCAAAAAUGUAAAGAGAACAUUGAGGUGCUGAAAAUACAAAUGAGUGGAAAUUCGAUGGAUUCAAUUCCUCAUGAUGGAAUUGCUUCAAGUAAGUUAAAUGAUAUAAGCAAGAAGAUGGAAAUUGGAGAAGCUUUAGUUGACAAUAAGGUGAACAAGGAUCCUCAGUUUGUUGAAUCAAUGUCAGAGUUUAAUGAUCUAGACUUCUUCUUAAACUCCUUAGAGGAUACUUUUGUCAAAAAACAGAAAAAAACAACAGAUAAGAAACCUGAAAUGGAUCAUGCCCUUCCUGUGGUUUCAUCUAAGAGUCUACUCGAGACACAUGAUACCACCAAAAUACCGGAAUUACCCUCAGCUAUGGAAUCAAAGAAAAUCAACACAAACACGUGUUCGUUACCUGAUGCCAUUAUAAUUGUGAACACCCAAAAUGUUGAUACAGAAAUGAUAAUUUCAAGAAGAUCCACAUACCAAAAAAUCCUUGCAAUGGAGAAACAAGGAGUACAAGUUGUUGAAAGGGAUUUAAAUCUACCAGUUGAUGUUAUAAUUAGUGCUGCAGUUUGUUUAGUGUGGUAUGACAUCAAAAACAUUAGAACAAAGACAUCUUCAGAUAGUGAAUGUUCUUCAUGUGUUGAAAAUAUUGCAGCAAAUGUUUUGACAUCAAUUAGUUUCGCUUUCAGUGGCUGCAUUCUGAUAUUUGAAGGAGAAGUUGGUUUCCUUGGUGGUAUAAUGGAAUCAUCAGCUGAAUUAUAUGUAGCUGCAGCAAGUCUAGGAAUUGACUUACAACUCUUUUGUUCAUAUUCAUGUGAUACAACUGAUGAGAUAAUAGUCAACUGUAUUUCACAUGCUGUAAAGUCAACUAAAGGUCUAUAUCCCAAAAUGCCUGAAUCAGAAACAUUAGCUGAAUCAUUUCUAUCCAGAUUCCCUUCGGUUAAUCCCCUCUCAGCUCAUGCAAUACUCUCAUCAGUCGGAUCACUCAUUCAGUUUCUUGAAAUGCCACAUCAGCAAAGGGUUUGUGCUGUAAAAAAAUACCUUGUUCCUGAAUCAAGCAUCAUAUUGUUCACUGCUUUGUGUAAAUAUGGAGAAAGAGAAGAUUCUAAAUCAGGAAUGACAGAUUGCUGUUCUUCAGUUUCUUCUGGACAUGAUUCUGGACAUUGUUGUCCUAAAAUUGACCAUGAGUCAAAGAAAAGAAAGUACAUUGACAUGCCCAUGGAUUACUCAUUUAAUGAUGUUACGUGGGAUACUCCAAAAAUCAACAUGGACUUUGAUGAGAUGUAUUUUGGUGAAAAACAGAGAUCUAAAGGUCUGCAAGAAGGGUAUAAAGGUCAAGUUAUUGACAUUAGUGAUGAUGACAUGGCAGGUGAGGACUUCACCUUUGGGCACACUAUAUCUUUUCCAACAAGAAGUGCUCCAGACAAUUAUGGAACUAGAAAAAAUGAUUGGUGGAGUCUUCCUAGUUUUCCUACAGCUGCUGAGAUUACACUGAAUUCACAAACAGAUUUAAAAGCUUCCUCAAUAGUGAAUUCUCCAAUGAAUUUUUGUAAAGAGAAGGGAGAAUGUAAGAAUGAUGAGACACCAUUAUCAAAAGCUAUUUCAUCAGCUCAACCACAGAAAGGGUCACCAUGGACUAUAGAUUUUUUAAACAGAAUUAAGGAAAAGAGCAGGAUUCGUCAGCAAUCUCUUCCAUUAAUUUCAUCUGCUCCUUGUUUUGGACACUCAGGGAAUUCAUCAAAGUUUAGAAAGAGAAAAAGUCCAUCUAUACUUGACUUUUAUAGGUACAAAAGCAACAGCAACAGCAAAAGCAACAUGCAAAACAUGGAACACAAACAAAAGGGAACAAUUCAAUUAUCAAAUUCAUCAAAACCUGUAAAGUCAUCAUCACCUUCACUGCCACAAACAUGGACACCAAUUGACAAGAGAGCAAAAAGGAAGCUAACUUUUGCUACAGAUGGAAUCAAGGGCCAAAGCAAGCUAAUUUGGAGUGAUAAGACUGAUCAAACUCUGAAAAGAAGAUUGUAA